CCCCUUGCUCUGGCAGCGUCACGUGACAGUCUGUGCCCAAUACGCCUUUCUCCGCGGUCAACCCGCCUGCUUGGGCCAUACGGCGCUGGGGCUGCUGUGUGGAGUGCGCAUGUGCGAACGGAAGGCCGGGCCCGAAGAUGGCGGAUGAUAAGGACCCACGGCCAAAGCUGAAGGAUCUUGCUUUUUUGAAGUCUCAAUUGGAAAACUUACAGCAGCGAGUGGAAGACGAGGUGCAGGCUGGAGUGGGCCAGGAUGGUUCUUUGCUGGCAUCUCCAUUUCUCAAAGGGUUUCUGGCAGGUUACAUUGUAGCCAAACUCCGAUCUUCUGCAGUCCUAGGAUUUGUGUUUGGGACCUGCACUGGAAUAUAUGCAGCUCAGGCCUAUGCAGUUCCCAAUGUUGAAAAGACAAUCCGAGACUAUGUCAGCUCGCUGAGGAAAGGACCAGACUAGAGGAGAAUCCUUUGGACAACAGUGCACUCCAGAAACAGCUCUUCUCAUCUUAGACAUCCUAGACAACUUGGACAUGAUCUUAAGGGGCUUUCAGGACUGUAGCUAUAUAUGUCAUCCUGGCCCAUUGUAAAACAUGUUUAAUACCAGAUCAGUGUGAAAUAUCAGCAGGUCUGAUUACAAGAAUUAUUAAUCAGAAUACCCUGAAGGUAGCAAUCGCAGCUGUCCAGUGCUUGCGAGCUUCAAAAUCUGGAUGUUGACAACUGCCUUUCUCACUGUAAUUUCUUACUCUGCAUUCCCCCCAAGUAGACUGGAAGGGCGGCUGUGUCGGAUCAUCUCUCACGCUAUUUUUACACCCCUUCACAUAUCGAUUCCCUUGCCCAGGAAAUGUGCUUUGUCUGAUUUCUAGGGAGAUCUGUUUCUUUCCCUCAUGAAGAGCAAACAUGUUCCUCUCCUUGCAUUGAGCAUGUAAUGAAUAGUUCAGUGUCUUCCUAAUUAGACUGUCCUUAAAUAUAUGCCAUUUGUUGUCUUUCUCUUUCUCUCCAAGGAGGUGACUUGAUUUUUAGAAACACAUCUACAUCCUGGUAUGAUCUUGCCUCUACUGAGACUGACCGUGAAAGGACCAGGUGCUACCUUUUCCCCUUUGCUGGAAUCCACUGCCUCAUGGGAAUAAUUACUGCAAAUGGUAGUGCUGCUGGCUCACUGCUCAGCCCUGCCACCAGGAGGCUCAAGAGAGUGCUGUGGGCACUGAUGCUGGUCAUGUCUGUUGCUAUUUAUGGCUCUCAUGCUCCCCUCCUGACUCUGUGUAAAGUGGAUGGAAAGAUCCCAUUCAGCGCCUCAUCUGUUGUGGUUCUUACUGAGCUGACCAAGCUGGUGCUCUCCUUCGUUUCCCUGCUGAUCUGGGACCGGAGGCAGCUGGGAGUCUCACUGUCAUGGCGCCAUGCUGCCCCCUUUGCCCUAUCUGCGCUGCUCUAUGCUGCCAACAAUAACCUGGUGGUUCACAUGCAGCUGUUCAUGGAUCCUAGCACCUACCAGGUCCUGAGUAACCUGAAGAUUGGCAGUACUGCUCUCCUGUACAGCAUGUUCCUGCACCAAAGACUCUCUCCACACAAGUGGCUGGCCCUCUUCCUGCUAACAGCUGCUGGGGUGAGCUACACCUAUGGGGGCCUCCAGGACCUGCAGCACUCCUCCAGCUCCUCUGAGAUGCAGCUGCACGUCACCCUGAUUGGCUUGCUGCUCAUCUCUGUGUACUGCCUGAUAUCAGGCCUGUCUGCUGUCUAUACCGAAGUCAUCCUGAAAACCCAAGAUCUGCCACUUACCCUCCAGAACCUGUUUCUUUACUUCUUUGGAGUCCUGCUGAACUUGAUUGUCCAUCUCUUGAGCAGCAAUGGGGCUGGAUUCCUGGAUGGCUUCUCUUUCUGGGUGCUGGUAAUUGUGGUCAGCCAGGCCCUGAAUGGCUUGAUAAUGUCUGUGGUCAUGAAGCACAGCAGUAACAUCACCAGGCUCUUUGUUAUCUCCUGCUCCAUGCUUGUUAAUGCCCUCUUAUCCAUCCUGCUCUUCAGCCUGCAGCUCACUGCCUUUUUCUUCCUUGCUGUCCUGCUGAUCGGCUUGGCUGUUCACUUAUAUUAUGGAGUCAAAUAGACUGCACCUUGCAGCUCUGUGGGAGACAUCUGGUGGUGAAGCUAUAACUGGCAUGUUCUGGGCUAUUAUGUGGGAGUGGCAACUGCUGGUUGCUUUUUUUGUCUCAUUUUUAUGUAACAAAUGCAUUAGUCUGGCCUGGCUGCACUCUUAGAGGGCAGAUUCCCUUCAGAACCUGUCACCUGAGGUCUGGGACAAGCAUGUGUGAGGCAAUAGGACUGCAGCUGAAAGCUACUGGCUAUCACAAGCAGACCUUGCCUGUAGCUAGCAUGUGCACUGUGAAGAAUUGCACUAUUUGUUGUGCAGCAUGAAGAAGCAGGAGGGGAUCUGUCCCAACGGAACGUGACAUGUUCAUUGCAUGGGCUCAGUAUGCCGCAUACAGGGACUCUGUCCUGCAAGGCCCUGACUCAGCAGCCGCCAUUGGUGUCUGCAGGAUCAGGCCCAAUGUAUCCCUUUUAGGGGAAGGGUGAGAGGGCUUCCUGGUGAAGAUUAAGCCAGUGAUAGUAACAGCAGUUUAAUGGGGUUCUCUGUGACCAUCUCCCAUUUUCCCCUUUUGCCUGAGCUCCUGUCCUCAGGCCCUUUCUUGGAGGGCUUUGAGGGACUCUUUACAUCUGAGCAGCACCUAUUCCAGCUCCAUCAGGGACCACUUGUGUGAUGUGAGCUGCUUCCUUCUCUGGCCAUGCCUUGUGCCUCCACAAUGCUCUGAGCCCUGAUCCAGCCGUUACAGAUUCAAAGUGCCUUUUGGAAGGGGAUAGUCCCGGUUUUGUGCACAUCCUCUGCGGUGAGCUGCACUCUGGCUCCAAGGCAGAGCCUUGUUCUCAUGCAGCGCUUGGAAAAUGUAUUUUCCAGACCCCUUCCUGCCUGCUGCUCUCAUCUCUGUAACAAAGCACCAAAGAGUCGUCAACUCUUCUGUCAGUGGAAACGAUACUUGUAACCGUCUCCCUGGAAAGUUCCAGUGACAUGACCAGCUGCUGUUCAGCUGGGGGCCUGUGUGUGCAUGGUUAUCACUCGCACUCCUUGUGCACGCACACUGGCACAUGCCCUUCUCAAAAUCUGGCUCUUAACCUGUAGUAGACUCCUGGAUCCAGAUCCUCAAAGGCACCUAACUCCGAUUGAUUCCAGUGGGAGCUAGGUGCCUAAAUACCUUUGCAGAGCUUAGCCCUGAUCACCUGGGCCCCAGUUGGAACCCAUCAGGUGAAUCUGUCACUAGCAUCAGUCCAUUUGGAAGGUACCCAAUGCCUACAGCUAACUCCUGCUUCCCCUCUUGCCCUUUGGAUUGAAGCAUAGAUCUGUAUCUUCAGCAUGAAAGCAGCUACAUUGAGUGUUAGCAGCAUUGUUGAGUGUUAGCUGAGCUGUCAGCUAUGAUGCGCUGCAGGAGCUGGGGUGGUGGCUUGAAGCCAGAGGAGUUCCCUGUUGAUUUGGGAGAGAGGAAAAGAAACUUCCAAAAUAAAAUGGUUGGAAUCAUUAAGAUGCCCAAAAUUGAAGGCAGGGGUGAUUGCAGUGCUGGGGCAGGAGCUGGUGUGGCAGCUAUGCAGACUGACCCCUCUGUCUAAACACAAAACAGAUGCAGGCCUGGCAGUCCCAGCUUCCCCCACACAUGCCAGUGGCCCACCUUGAGGAACUCCAUCUCUGUUGAGUCUCUGUGUUUUUGGGGCUGCUCAGGCAGGUGGCAGGGCUGCCAGUUGUCAGUCUGGAGGUGGAGACCUGCCCUCUUGAAAAUUGUUCUUGCCAAGCCCUGGAUUUCUCCAUAAAUGACUAAACCCUUUACAAGCAACUGACUGGGUAGGAGGAAGGCAGCUCCCUUCUUUGUACCAGCCAGUGUAGGAGCCUGAGCAGUCAGCUUGGCAGGGGAGAGCUUUUUGCUCUGCCAUUCUCGGUACCCAACCUCAUCAGGGGUCUGCGUGUACUGGGCGAGGGGUUCAACUGUUUCCAGAGUAGGAUGUCUGAACAGGGGCUAAUGCUUCCUCCCUAGCCUAGAAAUGCAGUAAAAGCGCACUUUGAGAGGCAGGGCUGGAGUUUUGGGUUGACCCAUAUGGUCUUGCACUGCCUUCCCGCUACACCUUUCCGCUGGCCAUGCUUUCUCCAAUGCACCUGCCUGUUAACCUGUAGAAGCCACCACAUGUAGCUGCUGCCUCCCAGGACGGGUCUGACUACAUUACACACUCCUGCCAGCUCCAGCUCGGGCUGCCUUGGAGUGUUGUGCUUCCCAGUAUGCUGUUGGGCAGGUCCUGUGCUGUACAGCCCAAACUCUCUACCUCAGGGAAGCUGUGCCUCAUCUCAUGAAUUGAGUUGCCCAUUUCCUAGUGUGCCAGUCCCAGGCUUGCAGUUCCAGGCUGGGGCGGGGCAGGGCAGGGGGCAGCCGUUCCUGCUACAGGCCUCUGAUUGCCACUUGACCUGGAGUCCCUAUGGGAACAGUGCAGCUGUAUGGGGCUAUUGCCCUGCUUCUCAGCUGAUGCCUGCAGAAGUGCACGUUUCUGAGAGUGACUAUUUAGUCUGUAUAAAUGAUGGAUUUGUAUCUGGAUUUGUACUACCUUAGGUUUGACAAGGUUCAAUUCCUGUCACCCCCAGUGCGCCAGACAGCAACGCUUACCCUGGUGCUGGCUGUGGUAUUAAAACCUGCACUUUCCUA